GAAGCUCGCGGCUCGGGCUAAUUCCUAAUCACUCCACAACCUACAGGAAAGGCAAGACUAGAAAAGUAAACUUAGACUCAGAGCUGAUUAAUGGAAUUAAGGAUAUUAGAGAAAUUAAUAAUUGUUUGACGAAGGAAGGGGUCCGAGGAACAAAACUGUUAAAAUCGAUGAUUGUGGAGAUCAUGGUGUUAUUUGAGAUAGAAAUUGGCGAAGUAAAAUUUUUAGGACAAAUGAGCAACUAUUGUCGAAUGGAAGAUUUGCUAUGACCGUGUGCGACAUCUGAUCUAAAGUUGAUUUUUGGGCUAUUUGUCAACAAUGAUCUGCUUCAAUCACUGAAUGCAACGUCUUGAGCUGCCACGCGCUAUUCUAAGAUACAGCGAAUAUUUACACAAGAUAGCCAAUCCCAGUCGAGAUUCUAAUUAUGCCGCUAGAAAUAAUGUGAGGGGCGCUUUUCUCUUUGAGUAACCUAUUGUUAUUAUCAUCCUUACACUCUACACUUUAAGAUUUGAGACGGUGCAAUCUGGCCACGAGUUAUAAUCACUGAUGCUUUAAAAAUCUCACAAUUUAAACACGUGUUUUUAUAUAGUUGUAUUGGAUUCAUCACCACAGAGAUUCAUCAUGGAAGGCAACAAAUCUUUUAGUAUCGAAGCCCUGUUAUCAAAGGGAACUACCAAAACACCUGCCCAGGAACGUCACCCGAUGUCAUCACCCAGGGGCUGUUCUCCCCGACCCUCAUCCUCGGGGUCAAGUCAUCCAGGAACACACAGUCCAGAUUCCAGUUUGUCUCCAACUGGGAUGGGAUUGUCACCUAAUAGUUUUAUACCGCGCCCAGGACUUUUAAAUUUACAGCACCCAUCUAUGUUACAGUCGGUGAGCAUGGGCAUGCAUGGAAUAUUCCCAGGACACCCUCUGUAUACUUAUGGGGGACAGAACUGCUCCCCGUCCCCAGUUCCUCUAUUGUCGAACAGUGCUUUUCAUACUCCGGCCGAACAAGCUUUUAAAUUAGCUCAACUUCAAGGACUGAAUUAUGCAGAAUGGUUGGCAAGGUCUGGCAUGUACAUGUCUAGAGUUGUGGAUUAUCCAGGAAAUUGUGGAGGAGGUGUAGUUGGUAAAUCACGUCGACCUAGAACCGCUUUCACAUCACAACAACUACUAGAGUUAGAACGACAAUUUAAAAUGAAUAAAUAUCUCUCAAGACCUAAAAGAUUUGAAGUCGCCACAACUUUGAUGCUUACAGAGACACAGGUUAAAAUAUGGUUCCAGAACAGACGUAUGAAAUGGAAGAGAAGCAAAAAAGUGGUGAAUGAUUCCAAGUCAAAGGACGAUAAAUCUAAAUCCGACAGUAAAGAGAGCAAACAUUCGGACACAACUGUUAGCGGUGACGAUGACCACGAAUUCGACGAUGCUGAUAUGUCAGACGACGAUGAUGACGUUAAUUCUCAAAACAUUGACGUUACAGAUAUUACUGACAGCGAGGCAGAAGACAGAGCGCGCGCAAUGAUAUGUUUUCCUCAACGAUCUAGUACAGAUAUGGACCAUACAAGUAUAGCACAGGAAGUGAACGGGCGGUGCAAUAUAGUACAAGCGCAUGCAUGAACGAAAAUGUGCGUUUUUCAUGAAUUAUGAAAGUAUUACAAUGAACAAAAUUCGGAGACUAUCGUGCGUUGUUUAACACGGGUUUAUUUAUAUUACUAAGAAGCUAGGCUUCUUGUUGACCAUGAUAGCGGAAUAAUGACAUCAGGAAUUUAUACGGACGGUUUAUAACCAGCAAUAUAUUUUUAAACUGUGGACUUGCCAUACUGUACGCUGUAGUUUAGAGAUAAUUCCGGCCAAAAUGCGCCAUGAUUCGUUUGGAUUGGCUCUAUUAAAGAAGAUUAACAUAGGGUGUCACCCAAGUUUGAGAUUUGUGAAUAUUAACCAAGAUAUAAUGUAUAGUGAAUCAUACUGGGUUCGCCUUUAAUAGACAAUAGGCAACGUUACAUGAUUUUAGAAAACCUGCGUUCUUCGAUUCAAGAAAACUCAUUGGAAACUCAUUCAUUAAACAUUCAUGGCAUUUUAAACUUUUUUCUGUCCAAAAACUGUAGCCAUUCCAAAAUAUCCAGUCAGUGUCACCAAAUGCCGCGUUUCUCAUUUGUAUUUGUGACAGUAUUGUAAGUGUGUCUGAACAGAGGAGAUGAUAAAAUGUCCAAACUGGUAUAAUUAAGUGGAUAGCAUGUGUAAUAACGAUAACCUAAUUUCGUUUCUUUCCUUUUUAAGGUUGUGUAAAAAAGAGAAAUAGCGAAACGAAAAAACAAAAACAAAACAAGAAUUGUAAUUAAAUAGUCUCCCAUCUCUAAUGUUUUUAUACUUCAAUAUAUACAAGCGGAUAAUUCCAUACACCCGUAUUUAAAUAUUUUAUCGAAUUAAAAAAAUAGCAAUUUAGCUGAAGAAGGGCAACUUAAACUAAAGCCACCUCGCCUAUACAUGUAUAUUUAGA